CCCCAAGCAGCCCGCCGCCCCCAAGCAGCCGAUGCCCGCCGCCGGGGAGCUGGAGGAGCGAUUCAACCGCGUCCUGAACUGCAUGAACUUGCCCCCAGACAAGGUCCAGCUGCUGAGCCAGUAUGACAACGAGAAGAAGUGGGAGCUGAUCUGUGACCAGGAACGGUUUCAAGUCAAGAACCCCCCUGCAGCCUACAUUCAGAAGCUGAAGAACUACCUAGAGACUGGUGGGGUCAGCCGAAAGGUAGCCGCUGACUGGAUGUCCAACCUGGGGUUUAAGAGGCGAGUUCAGGAGUCCACGCAAGUGUUGCGGGAGCUGGAGACCUCCCUGAGGACCAACCACAUUGGGUGGGUGCAGGAGUUCCUCAAUGAGGAGAACUGUGGCCUGGACGUGCUCCUCGAGUACCUAGCCUUUGCCCAGUGCUCUGUCACGUACGACAUGGAGAGCACAGACAAUGGGGCCUCCGGUGUGGAAAAAAGCAAGCCACUAGAGCAGUCCGUAGAAGAUCUCAGCAAGGGACCAUCCCCGUCUGCGCCCAGAAAUCGUCACUUGACCAUCAAGUGCCCCCCUUCUCCCCGGAUGACCCCCACUCACAGCAGGAAGGCCCUACGGAAUUCUCGGAUUGUCAGCCAGAAGGACGAUGUCCAUGUUUGCAUCAUGUGUCUGCGUGCCAUCAUGAACUACCAGUCUGGUUUCAGCCUUGUUAUGAACCAUCCAGCCUGCGUCAAUGAGAUUGCUCUGAGCCUCAACAACAAGAACCCUAGAACCAAGGCUCUGGUGCUGGAGCUGCUGGCAGCUGUGUGCCUGGUGCGGGGAGGACAUGACAUUAUUCUCGCAGCCUUUGACAACUUUAAGGAGGUGUGUGGGGAGCAGCACCGCUUUGAAAAGCUGAUGGAAUAUUUCCGGAAUGAGGACAGCAACAUCGACUUCAUGGUGGCCUGCAUGCAAUUCAUCAACAUUGUGGUCCACUCGGUAGAGAACAUGAACUUCCGUGUCUUCUUGCAAUACGAGUUCACUCACCUGGGUCUGGACCUGUACUUAGAGAGGCUUCGGCUCACUGAGAGUGACAAGCUGCAGGUGCAGAUCCAGGCGUACCUGGACAAUGUUUUUGAUGUCGGGGCGCUGUUGGAGGACACAGAGACCAAGAAUGCUGUGCUGGAGCACAUGGAGGAGCUACAGGAGCAAGUGGCACUGCUGACAGAGCGGCUUCGGGACGCGGAGAACGAAUCCAUGGCCAAGAUCGCCGAACUAGAAAAGCAGCUUAGCCUGGCUCGGAAGGAGCUGGAGACCCUGCGGGAGCGCUUCAGUGAUUCCACCGCCGUGGGCGCCGCCAGACGCCCUCCACAGCCCGAGAAUGACCCGGCACCAGCCCCGGCCCCGGGGCGGCGGCGGCCGUCAGCCAUCGAGCUGAAGGUGGAGGAGCUGGAGGAGAAGGGGUUAAUCCGCGUCUUGCGAGGCCCGGGGGAUGACGAGGUCUCCAUCGAGAUCCUCCCAGGCUCCGGGGUCACACCGAGCGGUGGCUGCGAAGAUGCUCCAGCCCCGAGGGUGCCCACCGGCCUCCCGACCCCAGCUCCCCCACCUGCCACCAAUUCGGAGUCGAGUCCAGGAGCAGCACCCCUGCCGCCCCCGCCGCCCCCACUGCCCGGCCAGCAGACCUCGCAGGAAGCCCCACCUUCGGCGCCCCCGCCGGCUCCUCCCCUCCCGGGUAGCCCGGAGCCCCCACCCGCGCCGCCGUUGCCCGGAGACCUGCCACCCCCACCCCCGCCGCCUCCUCUUGGCACUGAUGGGCCUGUGCCGCCGCCCCCGCCCCCACCGCCUCCGCCUCCAGGAGGUCCCCCACAUGCACUCGGGGAGCCCAGCCCAGAGAUGGGCUCAGGAGUGAAAGCCAAGAAACCCAUCCAGACCAAGUUCCGGAUGCCACUCCUGAACUGGGUGGCCCUGAAACCCAACCAGAUCUCAGGCACUGUCUUCACAGAGCUCAAUGAUGAGAAGGUGUUGCAGGAGCUGGACAUGAGUGAUUUUGAGGAACAUUUUAAGACCAAGUCUCAAGGGCCCAGUCUGGAUCUCAGUGCUAUCAAGGGCAAGGCAGCGCAGAAGGCCCCCACCAAGUCAACACUCAUUGAGGCCAACAGGGCUAAGAACCUGGCCAUCACCCUACGCAAGGGCAACCUGGGGGCUGAUCGUAUCUGCCAGGCCAUUGAGAUGUAUGACCUGCAAGCUCUUGGCCUGGACUUCUUGGAGCUGUUGACCCGCUUCCUGCCUACAGAGUAUGAGCGAACUCUGAUGGACCGUUUUGAGCGUGAGCAGCGGCCAAUGGAGGAGCUGUCAGAGGAAGACCGCUUCAUGCUGCGAUUCAGUCGAAUCCCACGCCUGCCUGAGCGCAUGGCCACACUUACCUUCUUGGGCAAUUUCCCAGAUACUGCCCAACUGCUCAUGCCGCAACUGAAUGCCAUCAUUGCAGCCUCCAUGUCCAUCAAGUCCUCUGACAAACUCCGGCAGAUCCUGGAGAUUGUCCUGGCAUUUGGCAACUACAUGAACAGCAGCAAGCGAGGGGCAGCCUACGGUUUCCGGCUCCAGAGUCUAGAUGCGUUGUUGGAGAUGAAGUCAACUGACCGUAAGCAGACGCUACUGCACUACCUGGUGAAGGUCAUUGCUGAGAAGUACCCACAGCUCACAGGUUUCCAUAGUGAGCUAUACUUCCUGGACAAGGCGGGCUCAGUGUCCCUAGACAGUGUCCUGGGUGAUGUUCGCUCCUUGCAUCGAGGCCUCGAGUUGACACAGCGGGAGUUUGUACGGCAAGAUGACUGCAUGGUUCUCAAGGAGUUCCUGAAGGCUAACUCGCCCACCAUGGACAAGCUUCUGGCAGAUAGCAAGACAGCUCAGGAAGCCUAUGAGUCUGUGGUGGAGUACUUCGGAGAGAACCCCAAGACCACAUCCCCCUCCAUGUUCUUUUCUCUCUUCAGUCGCUUUACCAAGGCCUACAAGAAAGCUGAGCAAGAGGUGGAACAGUGGAAGAAGGAAGCAGCUGCUCAGGAGGCGGGUGCUGACACCCCAGGCAGGGGAGAGACGCCGGCACCCAAGUCUCCACCCAAGGCCCGGAGACAACAGAUGGACCUCAUUUCUGAGUUGAAACGGAGGCAGCAGAAGGAGCCACUCAUCUAUGAGAGUGACCGAGAUGGGGCCAUUGAAGACAUCAUCACAGAUCUGCGGAACCAGCCUUACAUCCGCUCGGACACAGGCCGCCGCAGUGUUCGCCGGCGCCCCCCAGUACCGCCCAUGCAGGUCACUGCUGACCUCUCGCUGUAGCCGCUGCAUCUGCAGGUGGAUUCUGUAAUGGGUGGGGCUGUGGGCAGGCUUGGGGCACCGAAAUGGUGGGCCUCAGCUUGCCUGGGCCCGGCAUGCCCAUCAGGCAGGCACAUUCUCCUUGCACAGAGGGCAGUGUUGGCCGCCUCCUCCUAAAAGCUGCUUGCAGCAUUCCAUCUCCCCAUAGCCAUACUUAGCCUGAGCAGGAGCCUGGCCUGUAACUUAUGAAGUGUACUUUUGCCUCCACCCCCCCCAAUACGCCCUUGACCCCGAAAACUCUCCUUGGACCUUAUUUUUAUACAAGAUUAAUAAAGAUGUUU